AGAGAGGGCGCGGCUUAUAAAACAACAUAGCGCAAAGGCUAAAGCGGAUUGCAAAGCAAAGUAGAAGCUGCCUAUAAUAUAUUGUCAUUGUAAUUUACAACUUUAUAUUCUGUAACUGGGAAGUGUAGAAGUUGGUUGAUAGUGAUAUGGCUACUCUAGAUGACAAGCUCUUGGGAGAGAAGACCCAGUACUACUACAGUGACAGUGAUGAUGAUCGUGGUGAAGACGAUGAUGAUGAUAAAUCCAGUGGAGAUGAACUCAACAAGGACAGUUCAACAUCACCAGACUUCAUUCCAGAAUCAGAACUUAGUGCAAGCGGUUAUGGAGCAAGUCGUACGGGACCAAAGGGCGUAUUAGAGGAUUGGAGAAGAUUCAAACAACUAGAGACAGAAAAGAGACAAGAACAGGUAGAAGAAAGAAGAAUCCUGGCUGAAAAACUCUCUAUGACAUGUCGAUCAUACCUUGAUGACGAGAAAGCGAAGGAAGAUGAGGAGUUUGAACAACUUCAACUAGAAGCCAUGUUAGAAGACGAGUUCAUGAGGAGAUAUAGGGAAGAACGUAUGAAUCAAAUGAUGAAUAAUCUACAGAAAAACAGACCGAGAUUUGGCAAGCUGUUGCGUCUCAACAAAGAUAGUUUUGUUGAUGCUAUUGACAAGGAAAGCAAAGAAGUAACUGUAGUUAUUCACAUAGAAGAUCAGUCACUGCAAGCCUGUGAGUCUAUGAAUGGCUGCCUUCACUGUUUAGCACAAGAAUACCCCUUUGUCAAGUUUUGCUCAGCUAAUGCAGCAGAUAUUCAGACCAGCCAGUUAUUUACAGAGAAAGGACUCCCAGCUCUCCUUGUGUACAAAGCAGGGCAACUCAUUGGCAAUUUCAUCCGAGUCUCAGAUGUCUUUGGUGAAGACUUUUUUGCAACAGAAGUAGAAAGCUUCUUACAAGAGCAUGGCUUACUACCAAACAAGGAGGAUGGAAAGGUCAUCACAGGUCACAUGGAAGAUGAGGACAGCGACCUUGAAUUGGACUGAAGAGAGACUUUCAAGAGAUAUUAAGAUUGUGCUGCGUUUUCAUUCCACCAUAUAUACCCAAUACCCACUGCAAGUUGGCUGAAGAGAAUAGCACAGUCUGGACACGUAAUAUGCAUGCAUUGUGCUUUCAUAACUCAAAAUUUUCAAUGCCGCAAAUCUUGCUUGUAUCAUGUUGGCAGAAGUGAUUGAAUGGUGGAGCAAAUAUUGCAUUGGUGCUCUAGAACUCUAGGGGAAGGACUGUGUACGUGAUCGUCACCAGUGACCAUGCCAUUGAAUUGCAAGAUUGUGAAGCAUGUUUUACCUUGCAAGUCAACCUUUUCCUUUUGCAUUGUUUCUAUGCAUUACCAUCUUUCAGCAUAUGAUCAAUUUGUAGACCAAGGGAGCCUUUCAUGAAAUAAAAAGUGAUUUUCACUGACUACUGUUAUAAGCUACCCAAAUCCUUGCAUCUGACUGGCUCAGAGCAAAAUAGUCAGUGAAAAUCACAUUUGUUUUAUGAAACACUCCCCUAAUAUAAAACAAGGGUAUCAAAUCUGAAAAUCAAAGCUGUAAAUUGCAAAUCAAACAAAUUAAUAUAAAACGAUUUCAGUGGUCUAUCUUGAAACUAUUACUUGUGUGAUUCUAGCAGUGUCUAUCACAGAAUGAUUGGUAUUUCAUUGAAUUCUAAUUCAACAUUUUUUAGUUUUUGCCAAUCAAUUUUUAUUUUAUGAGAAAAAAAAGGUAUGAAGAAUGCCUUAGCAUGAUGUCAUCCUAAAGAACUUUGACUGUGGUUCUGAAUAUCAACAUUCAGACAGAGUCGUGAGUUUAGGAGAAUCAGAUAUGCUAUGGAUGGACUAAAUUGCUGGAAAUGUCAGCUCACACAAAAGCUAGGAGAAUCGAUUACAUUGAUACAUGUAAUACAUAUUAUUGUUGGUUCAAAAUAAUUCAUUUGUUAGCAAUAUGGUUAUGAUCGCAUCAAGACCUGCCAAGAAUAAUAGUAAUGAAACAUUUUUUUUUGUACAGCGCAAAAUACAUAGGCAAAAUUGCAAGGAAAGUGUCUAUGCCCUAAUAGCUUGAUGAAUGGAAUCUGCCUAACCCUCAUGCAAGUAUAGUUUUUUUGGGGGGACUGUAUUUAAAUCAACAGUUGGGUGCUCUACUCUUGUGUAAAUCAUGGCAUACAAUAUUCGUCUGCCUUAUAGUAAUUAAAAGACUUUUUGUUUCAAUUAACAAAGCAAGUAAGUUCAAAAAGUUUUCUUCUUGUGUAAUGAACAUCAAUAGGUGUGGUACAUGUACAACAAAAAUGUAAUUUUCUUGAUUCUGUCACAGUAUAAAAAAAAUAAUAAUGCAUGUCUUUACACCUGCAAAUGAAAUGUAAUUGAAUGCAUGUUGUACCUGGAAGCUUGGUUUCUUCCAUUUACUUAUGCAUGAUGUUUCAUGUAAAAGAGCUUAAUGUCUAUGAGAUGAUUUUUAUGAUCUUGAAGUCAUAUUUAAUAUUUCAAGGUCUUGUAUGACAUCGUGGUUUCUAGGCAACCUGUGAAUAUGAUGGAAAUCAAUUUGUGAUUUGCAGCAAUAGUCUCUAAAUCUCAGCAAACGUGACGUUCUUUAUCGCGACCAAUGGUGAAAAACCUUAUGAUGAUAAAUCUUGUUACGGAGUCAUACUGUUAGGACAGAAAAUAUGUGAAUGGUCACCUUGAUAAUAUUAUGGCAAAAAUUUCUGAGUUAUUGAGGCUGUGAAUAAGAAAUGUACACAAUGACAUGUUUCAUUGAAUAUUUGUUGAAUCAUUCAGUAAAGAUUUGUAGACUCAGCCUGCUUCAGGUAUAUAGAAUGAUAGAGUAUAAGUUGCAAACCCACCUUUAAAAUUCAGACUUGUCGAUGGAUAAUCAAUUGAAUACAUUUGCACUGCAUGCCAAGGAGAAUGGCAUACUAGGGUCACUUGAAAUCUUCUUUAUUCCUCUUCUAUUCAUUUCCGUUCAAUUUUUUGCUGGAUUUACGUUAGUGCUGUCAUUCUUUUAUUAAUGCACCACUGCUCUCAAUUAGGGUUUUAGAUAAAUAACGAAGCAGUUUUUGAUGUUCUAUUGAGAGCAUGCAGCCAAAGAAAUACUGCGUAGAUUACAGUUGUCCUUGGACUGUGGUAAGGAAUGAAUAUCAAGAUCUGUCUCGAAAAAUAACAAUAUUUAUCUUUGCCUAUUGUACAUUCUUAGGCUCCAAGUGUGCAAUACCUUCUGAUUGCCAUAAUGCAAUUGUUCAUUAAUUUUUUUUAGUAAGAAUAAAAUCAUGCAGCGAACUCAAUGUUUUUUGCAUUGCUGAUAACUGAUUCAUAAUUGGUCAUUGCAUACAAUGUUGAAAUGAAUGAGUAUUAAUGUAUCUUAUAAAUCAUAAAAUUCAUUGUCCAUUCUAAAUUAUGGAAAACACAUUAGAUAGAUACAUCUUCGUUUAUUAGAUGUCUUUGUAAGUUAUGUGUCUAGAUAUUUUUUUCAGGUUUGUUUCUGUACACGAGUAUGAAAUAAAUGUUUAAGGACAUGCAAA